GCGGCACGACUGCAACGCUGAUAAAGUUGGGGGCAGCAAUGCCCUGAAUAUGCGGCCAAACUACCACUUAUAAAUAAGAAGCGCGGCGCAAUUCGGUGGGUGUCCCGGCGAGAAACAAAUGUCGAAGCUUUCGCAAUUGAAGUCGAUUUUGCCGUUUUGACGUGCGUUCCGGCAUCAUUCCGAUACCCGCGACUGGGGUUUCACAGGCGACGCCGGGUGUUGGCUCUUGCGCGGGCUGGGCUGGGGCUUGUCGUCGUGCGCUUAUUAAGAGAGCUUUCGGGCGACCUCUCCUCUCAGUGCGACGCGGGGGGCGGUUCGCUGUCAGUCGGCGCGCAGGAGACGUCCCGAUUCGUCCUCAAGUCCGCUCCUCUCCUUCCUGCUCGAGGAACUCCGGCGGACGCCGCGGGGUGGCGAGCCGGGGGCUUCCCUCCAGGAGGGGUGAUCUCUCAUCGACCUCUCUACCGACCUCCAGCGAAGACUCUCCUCUCGUCAAUCCUUCUCCCGACGACCGCGAUAGUUGCACGCGCAGACACAGUGUGUUCAUCGCCACGCCUCCCGUAUCGUGAGGAGGGGGCUUAUUUCCUCGGGCUUUACUUCUCGUCACUACCACGGCGCGACAACUUCCUUUUAUCUGCUGACUCGAAAAUGGCUAUCAAUGCCGAGAUUGAUAGUGACAAUUUGCUCGUCAACAGCCAUGUGGCCUACUACCACUCGUACAUGUACAAGUCCAUGCUCAACGUUGCAGGACCAGGCAGGAUGCACGGACCACGAAGAGUACUUGCAUUUUGCCUUCUCAUUGGCAUACUCCCAGCAGCUCUCCUAAUCAUUCCUUUAUACCUAAAGCACAGUGUUUAUGCAGAUGUCUCAGUUGCUGUAGCAGAAUCUGAUGUUUUACGUGUGGUGGAUGGUAUAUCAAAUGUUUUCUGUCAGGAGCAUCGAUUGAAGAUGAAUUCAUCUUUUAAUGCUUUUCAAAUGAGAGGUACUCCUGAGAUAAGCAACAUUCGAAAGCACAUCAGGUUAAAGAAAAGCAUGUCACUGCCCGACGAUACCUUGGAAUAUUGGGGUUUUUUUCUUCCGAAAGGAUCGUCUGUUGUUCUUUCAGUAUGCUCAAGGUUUGAUGGGUCAAGGAUUCUUGUUGUCAAGGGUGAAAAAAAUCUCCGUACGUGUGGGUUAUUGGAGCACACCGCCAGAAAAGCUGGGAUAAACAUGGCUCAGGGGGAGGGCCAAGUGCAUGUGACAUUUGAAACUGAAGCUCAAGAGAUAUUAUCUGACUCAACAGCUCAUAUCCGCGAAGCAGCUGAAGUCAAUCGAAAACAAGUUAUAGAGGAUGAAAAUGUUGGACAGGAAGUCACUGACAGAGAGGAAAACACUACCAACAAACCAUCUCUGAAUGGUAGUAUUAGUUUUGACAGAAUAUCUACAAAUUCCUCAAGACCUUUGGAUAUAACUGAAAAGACUGCAACAGUACCAUCAUUAGUUAGAAGGUCACGUCAUGCUAAAAAACGUUUGAAAGACCUUGAACAGCAUCAUAAAGUUCACAAUAAAGACCUGUGGGAAAAAAAGAAAAUGUUACUUGAAGAAACUUUGAUACCGAAAGAAAAUGGAAAUGAAAGAGUUAAAACAAGUGAAAAUACAGGAAGGAAAAAAAGGUAUCUAAAAGUUGACCCCAAAAAUGCACUUGAUGGUGGUAUUGCUCAUGGAGGGAAUGCAAAUAAUUACUCUGUUAAAAGUAGUGAGUCAUCCGUCUCGAGUUUUGAAAAUGGUCUGUUGACUUGUUAUGCUGGACAAAUUUUGCUUACACAGAGUUUUCCACCCUCACACUUAUGUACCGAUGUACAUUUUCUUGAAAAGGGAAGUCAUAUGCAAACCAAACAUGAAGUUGUAUCUGAUGGUUACUAUUACUAUAUAUUUUAUAGUGAUAAUGACUAUGUUCAGAAUGAUAUACAUGCUGUAUUCAAUAUUUACAAGCCAACUUAUCAGUACGCUAACUAUUCAAAAGGCUGUAUUAACAAAACAGAAUGCAAUUUCCCCUUAAAAUUUCUCUCUGCUGAAACAGUAAUUGUAGAAGUACCCACUAGAGACGGAAUAGAACAUGAGCAGGACGACAUUUCUCUUUUGAUUUCCAGUUGUCAUCCCCGAAGGAGUGUAUACAUAAUUUUUCCUGUAACAGUCCUCUUUCUUAUUUUAGGUUGUGCAUUCUUGUAAAAUCAAUGUUUAAAUUUUAGACCAACUUCUGGCUGAAACACUUUUUAGAUAGUUCCUAAUUGUCAUAAUCAUUUUCAUUGUAAGUAAGCAUGGCCUACAUGGCCCUCUACUGAAGAAAGAAAACCAACAUUAAUUGAAAUAACAGGCAGGCUCAAAUUCAUAAAUGUUAAUUUACGACUUAAGUCAUCAUUCUCACUCCUCAUUCCUUACUUAAUUUAACUGUGCAAAACAUUUCAUAACAUUUUUGUAGGUACUGUUAGAGUAUCUACCAAUGUAAAAAUCUAUUAGUUUUUAAGAUUAACAGGAGGAUGCUCGCAUUUCCUUGAAUUUUGUUUUAAAGUCCAAAGACAAGAUGGUGUCGUCUAGGACCGUCUUCCAUUUUAAUGAUUUAUUUUAUAGAUAUCAUAAAAUAGAAUAUUUUUUUUUCAUUUGAAGUGGGUCUAGUAUACUACAUAGUGCCCUCAUUGAGAUGUCUGUUGGCUUAUUCAAAAAGACUGAAAUUACUAAAUGUAGGUAAUUUGCCAAUACUAUCUUAAAAUGUGCUGUAUGUUAAACCUUGUGUAUUUUAAAACAUAAAGAGGGUUAAAAACCCUUCCACAUGUAGCUGUUGUGUUUUCAUUAAUAUUAACAUUUUUGUUCAGUGCACACAAAUCAGAGUGGCACCCCAAAUUUUACUGGGGAUUUACAGCGAAGACUUACUGUAAUAUCUCGCAAAAAACGUGGGCACUCCAUUCUUCGCCACAUCCUGCUUGUCGGGUUUGAAAAUUGAAUAAAAAAGGGUGGGGCUUGGAAUAAAAUUAACUUCAACAUAGGCCCUUUGUAUUAUAAUAUGGUUCUUCAAAGCACAUGUCUUGGGUAUGGCAUUUGAUAUUAAUUAUGUGAUAAUAAAAGGUGAUACUUUGUAAUGGCUAUGUCAAAA